GGCCGCCUCCAGCACAGUUCCUGCCGCUUCAGCUCCCUCACCUGUUCCCACGUCCCGCUCAGGUCACCCGAGGUCAUGAUGCACAAGCUGCAGGUGUUGCUGCUGGUGGUGUGCGUGGCGGUGGGCCCCAGCCUGGCCCAGAUCACCUUCUCGCGCUCGUGGGUGCCGCAGGGGAAGCGCUCGGGGGUGGCGGGGGCCCUCGUGUCCCCCGGCGGCCCGCCUGAUAUGAGAGAGAGCUGCCACGACGCCCGCUUGGCCGCCCUUGCCCAGGUGGCCGCCCAUAUCGCCGACUUGAUGGAAGAAUCAACAGACCUCAGCCAGGAUGACGCCGCCCUUGCCAUGCGCCUAAAACACGCCUUUGAGGCUAGACGGCGGAGAAUGUCCUAAGAAGUGUCGCUUCGCAGACGCCCUCACCACCAUGGCCUCGCGUGGGCGUGAGAGCGAGCCGGAGUACCGAGGAAUGAGUGAGACAGCGCUGUGUUAACGUCGAUGGGAAACGUAGAAGAGGAAAAUGAACAGAGGAACAAAGAAUUGACUGUUUCCGUACAUAUAAGUGUACAUUCAUACCCUAUUAAUACACAAAUAUGUAGACACUAAAGAUGAACACAUACUCACGGAUACACAUACAUAAAUACAUUCAAUUACUUACACACUCAUGCAUAUAUACGCAUACAAAUCUCUUGUAUUUUCAUACUUUUCUUUUUUAUAUAUACAUAUUGAAAUAUAUCUGUCUUGUAGACAUUCCAUCGGGAGAGAAAUGUUUUUCAAGAAGAAAUAAGAAAGCAACAACCUGAGAUUGUACCAAUGUUUAACAUCUUUGGAAAUUAUUGACGAAAUAUUCUAAUAAAGUUAUCAU